AUGGAAACACCAAAUACCCGCUCGCGGCGCAAGCGCGAGCUCGAACUCCUCGGAUCGCAGGAGGAGACGAGCACUGUCGUGUGGGGACAGGAUGACGAGCUGCUGCGCGAGUUUAUGGCCGAGUCAAGCGACCACGCAAUCCCGCUCCCCUCACCAACGCAGAAGCCACGCCCCCUCCGAGCUACAUCGAGCACGGCAUCUGCGCACCCCCGCAAACGCCCUUGUCGCGUAUCGCGCGCAGCAUCCAACCCGCCCGGCCAUGCACACCGCAACACCCCGCCUGUUGACGACGACCAGGGCAAGCGGCUCGAUGCGCUCCUCGACCGCUUUCUGGACCUCUCACGCCCUUCGUCCAGUUCUUCGGCAUCGCUGAGCUCACGGUCGACGAGCAGCAUCCCAACGAGUACGAGCACCAGCUCUGCGCCUCGUGUUGUGCGCCAGCCCAUGGCCGAGAGACCGACCAACGCCCACCGCCCAACACCACUUACCGCAACGCGUUCAUUGUCACCGACGAAAGCAAAGGCAGCAGCGACGGCGCUUCCCGAUCGGCGCACGGUAUCGGUUGAUGCAGUUAAACCGGCUACUGCUGUCGUUGGAACACAGGCACGAUUCCGACCACCACUGUUAUCGUCUGCUGCAUCUGGUGCCCGCCCCCAAGCCGUGCGCUCCAGCCCACGACGAACGGCAGGGCUCAAUCCUUAUGCGUCCACCUCGGUGAGCCGAGGUGCCGCUCAGCCGCAAACCGCUCUCCCUCGCGUCCACAUCUCGUCCGGGAUGCCCGGCCGUCCGGGUGUGAAGCGCAGCAGCGUGUCGCCCGUCAAGGGCCAGCCGCCGGCACGAAUCGGCCUCACCACGCGCCAGUCGGGUGUCAAGACGGCACCUACUCGCCAGGCGUCUGCACCUCCAGCACCUACUACGAUCCGUCCAGUUCCCGAACCCCAUGCCAGCUCGGACGGAGACACGAGUAUCGACUCUCUGGACAUCCUGUUCGAGGGUGGAGGAGACGAGAUUGAGAAUCUUCUGAGGGCCACCAACCCUCCUCGCCCCUUUGCGCCGUGGAAGGCGCCCUCGGCGGACUACCACGAGUUCCUGCCCAAGCAGCCCACCAUCGGCAAGGCGCUCCCCGUCGACGACCACCCGCAGAACAAGACACUCCCCAAGCUGUUUGAGCCUCUCACCAUCCGCGACUCAUCGGACUACGGCAAGGCCACCGACCACCACUUUGUGCACCACGGCUCGAUGGCCAUGCGCGGCUGGGGCAACCUCAUGGUCGAGGCGACCGCCGUCGUGCCCGAGGGCCGCAUCUCGCCCGAGGACUCUGGUCUGUGGGAGGACGCGCAGAUCCCGGGCUUCAAGCGCAUCGUCGACUACGUGCACGGAUUGGGCGGCAAGAUUGGCAUCCAGCUUGCGCACGCCGGCCGCAAGGCGUCGACAUCCACCCCGUGGAUCUACGGCGAGGCCGUGGCCAAGGGGUACAAGGGCGGCGAGGUCAUCCUGCCCGAGAACGGCGGCUGGCCCGAGACUGUCACUGCCCCGUCCGAGGUCAACUUUAGCCCCGGCUUCUUCCCCGACCCCGUCGCCGCGUCGCUCGAGUACAUUGAGAACGUGAAGAAGGCGUUCAUUGCCGCCGUUGGCCGCGCCAAGAAGGCCGGGUUCGACUAUAUCGAGAUCCACGGCGCGCACGGCUACUUCAUGCACGAGUUCUUCUCGCCCAUCUCGAACCGCCGCACCGACCAGUACGGCGGCAGCUUUGAGAACCGUAUCCGCCUCGCGCUCGAGGUCACCAAGAUUGUCCGCGAGGCGUGGGAGGGCCCUCUCUUCUUCCGCGUGUCGGCGACCGACUGGCUCGACGACGUCCUCGGCGAGGAGAAGCAGGACGGCGAGUGGAAGUGGUGGGGCAAGGAGCAGACGACGCUGCUCGCCAAGGAGCUGCAGGCGCUCGGCGUCGACUUCCUCGACGUGAGCACGGGCGGCAACGACCUCCGCGGCAAGAUCAAGGUCGGCCCCGACUACCAGGUGCCGUACGCGCGCUACAUCAAGGACCGUGUGCCCGGCCUGCUCAUCGGCGCCGUCGGCCUCGUCACCGACUCGCACCAGGCCGAGAACAUUCUCGAGCGCGGCGACGCCGACGUCGUGCUCUUUGGCCGCGAGGUCCUCCGCUACGUCGACUUCCCCCUCGCCACUGCGCAGGCGCUCGGCGUCGCGGCGGCCCCCGCCGUCCAGUACUCUGCCGCCUGGAGCCGCAUGCUCCGGGCGCCGAAGAUUGCCAUCCCCCCGGCGUAACCUGCAUACAAACCCUGCACGCAACUCGCCCCUGCAUACCCUCCUCCCCCCCACCCUCUCGCACCAUCUCUGUGUAGCUGUAGAUAGAAAACCGAGCAUGUAAGCAAGCUGUACAUAUCCGA